CUUUUUCAACAGGAAACAGUCGUCUGUUACUUUAAGUUUGCGCAAAACGUCGACGUCACGCUCACCGCCCUUUCCUUUUCACGGUAGAAACCCGUGUGACUCGCAAUGAACGGGAAUCCAAUAUUCGGCGAUCAGGGGCCACUACCAAUAUUCAACCAUCUCACAAACUCCUGUGCCGAAACUCUGGUGUCUAAAGGCUUGGAAAUCAGCCCAGAUUUGGGGGAGACCAUCCAAAAUCAGGAAACUUACCCAGUGCUUUUAGUUGGGGAGACCGGUGAGACUCUGAGAAUUCAAGAUGGCGGCACUGAGGGAAACGAAGAGGGAAAAGUCGCACAUAAUCUGCAAGCAGCACCAAAAAAUAGCAGCGGCGAUCAACUUUCCGACGAUAUCCUCCUGUUUGUGCGAUCAGAAAGUGUCGACAACAGUCCACAUACCUCCGUGAAUGUUUCUCUGGAACCCUCCUAUUUGGGAAGCCCAAACUCGGCCAUUUUGCCGCUGGAAGGUGGCUUGCCACGUGAGCAGGGUAGCGUGAACCCCAGUGAUCAAAGAUUAGAUGGCAUAGACAGUAGUGAGUUGGUUCAGAACCCGGAAGUAAACGCAACCAUCGCCUUACCGCCUGUCGCUACUGUCCAAUCAGAUUCAGUUUCCUCACGUACCUCCAAGUCACAUUCACAAAUAAUUGAUGCUCUAAAUCUUAGCUCAAGCAAAAUGAUAUCCAUCGGGUCUGAAGCCAGUAGCAGUCAGCCUAGGUUGGCAAUUACUGGAGGGACUUCCGUUCUUGACAUGGGUAACAGCCCUGUGUAUAGUGUUCAGGACCUGAACUUGGGUAGGUUGACAGAGAGUCUUCAAGGAGCACAGGUUCAAAAUACCGCUGUUGUGAUGGGAGGAGAGGUGAAUAUUCCCCAAGCAGAAAUUCUGAGUUCAGUUCCAGUGGUAUCCAACACAGGCCAGCUUGAACUUAGUGUCGCCACAUUACCAGCAGUAGGUAUGGCGGGCACCACUGCUCUGGGUAAUGUUGGCCAGCCAGUGAUGUACAUCAUUACAAGCCGUGACCGCAACACGGGAGCAACACAGCGAUUCCGCGUAACCGUUGAUGCCGAGUCAGUCGCCACCGCCCCCAUUGGGAACCUGUCCCUCAAUACUGGAUUGCCAGCUCUCCAAAUCGGAAGUCAUUGGGUAGUGCAACAGCAACCAGAUGCAGGGGUCAGUGGAAGGCUCUUGUCCAGUGAUGGGGCAUCAGCGGCCGUUGAUGGCAGUGGUGACAAUACAGCCGUUGGUGUCAUAAACACACAAGUUGUGCCAAGCAUUGAAACCCAGACCACAAGUGAUGCUACUGCUUUUGUCAAAGCUAACCUAGGUUCUGGCGAUGUGGAAGCACAUUUCUCAGGAUUUAUUUUAAAACCAAAUGCAAAAGAAGAGAAAGUUUUUUGCUGCACGUUUGAGGGAUGUCGGGAGAUCUUCACAACUAAAAAGAAAUUGAAACUACAUCAACUUGUCCAUGCCGACGACAGACCACAUAAGUGUACAGUGGAGGGCUGUGAUUGGACGUUUCCAACGUUGUAUAAGUUGAGGAGGCAUUUAGCAGGACACACUGGAGCCAGACCUUUCACUUGUGAGGAUUGUAAAGCCCAAUUCUCUACCAUCUACAACCUCAAUAUGCACAAGAAACGCCAUGAGCGACCAGAUGCAUUUGUGUGUGAGGUCAAAGGUUGCGAACAGAUCUUCCCUACGAUGAGUAAACUCACUAACCAUCUCCGUACCCACUUCCCAGAACGUCGAAUCAAGUGUAAAUACCCCGGUUGUGACAAGUCUUUCACUACGACCUGCGGCAUGGGCUCCCACUAUCGCAUUCAUGACCGUGAUGAGACCAUCUUCCCAUGCCUGGUGGAAGGUUGUAACAAGGUGUACAAUAAGGCAUGUCGUCUCAAACUACACAUGCGAUCUCACACGGGGGAGAGACCCUUCAAAUGUACUGCCGAGGGAUGCUCGUGGGCUUUCACCUGCAUUCAGAAACUCAAGCGUCACAUGGUUCAACACACUGGCGAUCGGCAGUACGAGUGCAAUCGGCCCGGUUGUCACAAACUCUUCACUCGGCUGGAACAUCUCAAGACUCACAUCAAAACUCACACCGGAGAGAAACCAUUCACCUGCCCAGAGAAAGACUGCGAUGCACGGUUUGCAUCUCGCAGUAGCCUGUUCAUGCACGUCAAGCGACACAAGCAAGGCUGCACAGCCAAGCAGAAGACAAUCUUCAACUGCCCGAUGGAUGAAUGCAACCAGUCAUAUACUACCAAAGAUGGGUUGAAGAAGCAUAUCCUGACCGUGCAUAGCAUCAUGCUACCCAGUGCCAGCAACGAGUCAGAGUUGGUGUAUAUUCCAACUGAGAACCCUCAAGCCAUGGUAGAUGCCAUGACAGAUCCAGGCCUGUUGCAGAGUCCUACAGUGGUUCGAAUAACCCAAGCCUCAGCCUCUGACUCCAGCCCAACCAAUCAGCUCUCAGUAAAUCCACUCAACAAAGAUGGCACAACCUCUUCAGCCAAUCAGAAUCAGCCCGGCGGACUGGUACCCUACACCUCCGGUGCUGGUCUGAUAGUGGACAGCAACGGGUCACCGGUGAGCUUUGUCAACUCUCCAACAACGCAGGCUUCAUUGUCGUGGAGCUCCAGGGGUCUACACCACGAGAAUUGGAGCGGGUCAGCACGGACAGACUUCAUGUACAUGCAAGGAGGAAAGAAGGGCAAACUCACAAGAAAUUCUGAGAGUUGUGAAUCCGAGACAGACGGUGCCCUCACGUCAUCUUACAUCCCCUCCAGUUUCAGCAUGACGACCACAGCGUCAUUGACACUGCGGGAUCCAGCAACUGGGGCACGCUAUGUUCAAACCCAACUGUUACAAGAUGAUCCCCCAGACGAGAGUGAGCUCACCUUCCCAUUGACCUCACACCCCACGACCUCAGAGUCCUCAACCAGCGACCUCAAUGUAUCCACCAUCUUGCCAGCCGCUGACCCUAACAGCCAUGCUCAGUGUCCAACAUCCAGCAGCGUUGAUUUCCUUCAAACUGAUCGGGAGAUGGAAUCAUCCAUUGAUGGUUUUCGAGAGAGCACCAUUAACUUACAGGAUUUAGAAUAAUUCUAACUACUCAAGCACUCGGAGUUUCUCGACCUUUUUUGCAUUUAUUUUCAUUUGAAAAUGUUCCAUUCAAGUCAAAGAAAUUGUGUAGUGCUCAGAGUGGGUACCGUGUGGCAUUCUUAAAAGUUGAGGGUGGGAGAUGUCAUCACCAGACCACAGUCGGCUAAAUGACCUUACAGUCAGCUAAAUGACUCAAUGCAAGAACUGAGAUGACAGUGCUGCGAGAGCCAAAGAAAGAUGCGUUGCAUGCAGGUACCACUUUGACAUGCGAGUUGCACACAGUGCAUGGAACAUGUUCAAUGAAAUGAUGACAAACACCUGUUGUGUCUGUGAAUAGGCAUGCCUGACAGGAACACACUUGAAUUUCAGUAAUGACAAUGUUAUUGUUUCCACGCCCCUUUUUCUUCAUCUAUUUUUACUUGGUGAAACCUAGCUCCAAUCAAUUUUUUUCACUUUACACAGGUUUUUAUGAUCAGAGACCAAAUGUGGCUUUUCAGUAUUGUUUUGUUUUUCUUUUUUUUUUAUCUUUUACGUUUUUGUUUUUUUUCUGUUUUUUUUUUGUUUUUUGUUUUUUGGUUUUUUUUUUUUUUUUUUAGGUUUUCCAUGCCAUGUCAUCUUAUCAACCUAGUCAGGUUGGCAAAGUGGUUCUUUCCUCACCUCCCACCUCUGCAGUUUUGAGUGCGAUUCCCGACUCAGUCCACAUGUGGAUUGGGUUUUCAGUCCCUACCUGAUUCCGUGGGUUUUACCCAGAAUAUUCCUCUGGGGUU